GUGGAGUUCUACAUCUCCUUCAAGUUUCAGUCGCCUGUGUACGCAGCCUUGGCGUCUAAUACAUUCAAUACAAUAGCCGGGAAGACUAUGAAUGCCUUCUACCAUCGCUGCGAGGAGAAGUACCCACACAACAGACAUCACAAAGACACUCCAUUAGACCAUCAAUAA